AUGGCGGGGCUCUGCCUGUCCCUGUGGCCGUGCCUGUGGCUGUGCGCGGCGGCGGCGGAGCUGCGGCUGACCCUGCUGCACACCAACGACGUGCACGGGCGGGUGGAGGCGCAGGGCGAGGGCCCGCGGCGCUGCGCGGCGGGAGCGCCGGGAUGCUUCGGCGGCGUGGCGCGGAGAGCGGCGCGGGUGGCGGCGGAGCGGGCCGCGCACCGCAACGUGCUGCUGCUGGACGCCGGGGACCAGUACCAGGGCACCGUGUGGUUCUCCCGCUUCAAGGGCCGGGAGGCGGUCCACUUCAUGAACCUCCUGCGCUACGAUGCCAUGGCUUUGGGUAACCAUGAGUUUGAUGAAGGUGUGAGUGGGUUAUUGGAUCCUCUUCUUAAAAAUGUAAAUUUUACAGUCCUGAGUGCAAAUGUUAAAGCGAAAACUCCAUUAGCAAAUGAAAUGAUGAAAUAUGUUCAUCCGUUUAAAAUAGUUCAUUUUGAGUCAGAAUCAGUUGGAAUUGUUGGCUACACUACAAAGGAAACUUCUUUUCUUUCACAGCCAGGGGAUGAUGUAACCUUUGAAGAUGAAAUUGAAGCAUUGCAACUGCAAGUGAAUAAACUUACUGCCAUGGGAGUGAACAAAAUAAUUGCACUAGGACAUUCUGGUUUUACUGUGGACAAAAAUAUUGCCCAAAAAGUGAAAGGAGUGGAUGUUGUGAUUGGAGGACAUACAAACACAUUUCUCUAUACAGGCACCCCACCGUCUACUGAACAGCCAGCUGGCCCGUAUCCAUUCAUGGUUGACUCAGAUGACGGGAGGAAGGUGCCAGUUGUACAAGCCUAUGCUUAUGGAAAAUAUCUUGGUUACUUAAAUGUUACAUUUGACAAGAAAGGAAAUGUAGUCGAAGCAGUUGGAAACCCCAUUCUGCUGGACAGCAGUAUUCCUGAAGACGAGCACAUUAAGGAAGAAGUGGAAAAAUGGAGAGAAAACCUGGGGAAUUAUUCUGAAGAGAUUGGAAAAACUAGUGUUUACCUGGAUGGUACAAGCCAAGCAUGCCGUUUCCAAGAAUGUAACAUGGGAAAUCUGCUUUGCGAUGCUGUGCUUUAUGAGAAUGUUGGGCGUCCGGAUAAAAGGACGUGGAACCACGUUUCAAUGUGCAUCCUGAACGGAGGUGGGAUACGCUCACCCAUCGAUGAGCAGAGCACUAAUGGUAGCAUUACUGUGGAAGAUUUGCUGUCUGUUCUGCCAUUUGGAGGUCGUUUUGAUAUGGUGACGUUAAAAGGCUCCACACUGAAAGAAGCUUUUGAGCACAGUGUGAGACGAUAUGGAAAAGGAAGUGGGGAGCUGCUGCAGGUUGGAGGCAUCCACGUGGUCUAUGAUCUCUCCAGAGCCCCAGGAAGCAGAGUUGUUAGCUUAGAAGUGCUUUGCACAGCCUGCCGAGUGCCAGCCUAUGUCCCACUCCAGAUGGAUGAAAUAUACAACGUGACUCUGCCAUCCUAUAUGUUAUUUGGAGGAGAUGGCUACACUAUGCUGAAAGACAAAAAUCUGGGAUACAGUAAAGGUGAAUCUGACAUUGAGGUUGUUUCCCGCUACCUCCAGAGAAUGAAGAGAGUUUACCCAGCAGUUGAAGGUCGAAUAAAAUUUUCUUCUGGAAGUCUUAUCGAAGCAAGUCUCACCCUGAUCUCUGUAUUGUUCACUGUAACAUUCUUGCACACUUGAUUUUUUGUUUGGAGGAAUACAGGAGGAGAGAUGAUUAGAUGAAGCUGUAAGAGACCUGUUCUCUUCUGUCACACCCUACAAUGAAUGAGCAGUGAGGCUGCUGCAUAGCAGCAGUGACAACGCAGCCCCCUGCAUUGUCUUUAGCCUGGUGGUGCCACUGGAGUACUGUGUGCAGGGCAGGGGGGCAGAAUCCAUGACUUCUCUUGGUCAGAAUCAGCAGGUACCGAAAUUGAGGUCUCAAAAGCUCAAUCAUAAAACAGUGACAAACUGAAAUGGGCAAAAUAAAUUGUCAAUUUCUUUUAGGUGCUUUAGACAGCGAGUUAAGAACCUGAUUCCAGAUGUAAACAAGCUUCUAGAAAUGGAUUUAUUAUACAUGUAUAUUCCUUUCUUUGAUCUCCACUCAGGGUUAAAGUAUUCAAUCUAAUAUCUCUACUUUGCUUCUAGUCAUAUUUGUCAUACCUACAUGAAUGCCUGAAAGAGCUGGAUUAAACUCAGUGCCAUUAAAAUCAUGAGGUCUGUUUAAUAUGCCGUUUUAAAAACUUUUUGUUUUACUUUUGAAAAAGAAACAUCACACUUAUAUUUUCCAUUAAUAAAAGAUGCAAUGAAAGUUUGACCUGAUUUUCAUAAAUUUUUACAAAUUGACUAUUCUUCACUCUUAAAUAUGACCAGUUUGGGGACUGUGUCCAGAGAGAACACAAUCUGUGACUGUAUUUCAUAUAAAGAUGCUCAAUUUUAUACCUCUUCCAAAGAACAGGACUGCUGCCUGUCACUCUGCAUUAGUAACAUUCCAAGAAAAUGUCAGAUAACAGGCACUGACUCCAGCAGCACUUUUGGCAGCCCUUGGAAAUAGUCAGGUAAUGGGGCUUUUCACAACAUAACCUGGCUUUACGAUAAAUGUGAUUAUACCUCUUCUAUGGGAAGGCUGUGUUUAAAAAAAUAGUUGUAAGAGACAGCCUAAUGAGUAUGAAAUCAGAUUAAAUACUAAAUGUACAUUGCUGAUGCUUUAUCAAGAAAUGAUUGCUUAUAAAUUAGGCCAAAAGAAAUCAUUAUUUUUGUAAGAUUACUGGGAAUUUUGACUUCAACAUGUUUGGGUUGUUUAAUUCUGUUUUAAAAUGAUUAUAAGUGCUUUGAAUAAACCUGCUGUGCUUUCCUGGAAAGCUCACUACACUCUUUUCAACACUGAAGCUCUUCCAUUCACUGCAUGUGUAGAUUACAAGGAGAAGGUACAUUAAGAUAAACAUUCAGUAUGUUGAAAUUUAAAGGGCUGUGCCUGAAAGGCUCUGGACCACACAGCUGCAUUGGGUAAGGGGUAGUAGAACAGGGAGAAAAAUGAUGACUGAGCUUGACACAUUAUGAGUUCUGCCCUGGCAUUGAUGAUUUGUCACUACUACUGCCUAAGCUGUUAAUUUACAGAAUGGUCUUCCCUCCAUCAACAUCAAACCAGUAACAGAGAGGGCACUGAUGGACAGAGCUGUACCUGCACACCAGUUCUGAGAAUUGCAACAACUGCUUUGGCAGAGCCAGAAAGGAGAGAAAUAACACUUUUACCUUCCUUUGACAAACAGAAGGGAAAGGUUUGCAACAGUAAUAAACAAAUUAUAUUGACAAAGAACACCAAUGCUGCAUUAGAUUGGUUUGUUUGUAAAAAAGGAGAAAAUGGGUGUUUGAAAAGAAAAAUUGAGGAAUGCCUACUAAAGUAUCUCUGUAUGUUCUGCAAGUAAAAGUUGUUAAAAAUCCACACAUAGAAGUCUUUUUCAAAAUCUCUUUUAUAAAGGCUGCACCAACAAAUUAAGAUUUACAGAGAAAAAUCUUCCACACCUUUUUGUAUUAAUGAAUUUUCAUAAAAUGCUGUGAACAGACUCAUAUCCUCUUUCCUAAGCCUGUAAAGAGGAUGUCAGAAAAAAACCCACAAAGCCAGAUAAGAAACUGCAGAAAAAUAAAGGCUGACUUUGACUUAAAAGUCAGAACCACUUUUCACAUCCAUUAUUGUAAGAGGGCUUGAGAUCUGAAGAUCAAGUAAGACUAAAUUACAAAUGUGAUUUUCCAUGCUCACAGAAAGAUGAAGGCUAAAGACAGUUCUGAGAUUAUUUGUAUGCAACAGAUUCAAUCAUACACUUCUGUUGUUAAAAUUAAAAAAAAAAAAAAAAAAGGAUUUGUUAAGGCAUUUUAAAAUAACUUAAUGGGAACAUUCUACAACUUCUUCCAAACAGUUUUCUACAUAUCCUUUCAGGAAGACACCCUGUAAUUUUUCUUUUAGCAAAGCGUAAGUUGGCUGAUCGCCCAGCUGUCUUUUUUGAUGUCAUCCUGUAAUUUCAUACACUGAGAGAUUUUGGUGAAAUUAAUUAGACUUUUACUGGUAACAGCUAAAACAAAUUUUAAAUAAAAAGUACAGAUAUUUUAUUUACUUGCAA